AUGCUGCCCAUCCCCGAGCUCACCCUGCCUGUGCUGGGCACGGCCCCACUCAAUCUGGCGACGGCGCUGCUGCCCCGGGACAACCCUACUGACCUCGGGCCCAAGACAUACAUCGCAUACGGCAGGCGCGCCCCCCGGCGCACCCUCGGGCUCCUGCCCCACCGACGU